UGCGCAGCCGGAACCGGCUUCUCUUGUGUAUACGGUCGUCUCUUUCAGUCUUCUUUUGUGCAACAUUUCGUUGGAGCUUAAAGUCUUGUACAUAAAAUGGCACUCAGCAACAAACUCAGUAUUGAUGCUCUGGAUUUGGGUGGAAAGCGUGUGUUGAUAAGGGUUGAUUUCAAUGUGCCACUAAAAGGUAAAGAAAUCACCAAUAACCAGAGAAUUGUGGAAGCACUCCCCACUAUCAAGUAUGCCCUGGAGAAAGGAGCUAAGUCUGUGGUGCUUAUGAGUCAUCUUGGAAGGCCAGAUGGAAACAGGAAUGAUAAAUUCUCUUUAGCUCCUGUGGCUGAGGAACUGAAGAAGUUGCUUGGAAGAGAUGUGACAUUCCUCUCUGACUGUGUGGGGGCUGAGGUGGAAGCAGCCUGUGCAUCUCCAGCCCAGGGCUCAGUCAUUCUUCUGGAGAAUCUCAGGUUCCAUGUGGAAGAGGAGGGCAAAGGAGUUGAUGCAGAGGGCAAGAAGGUAAAAGCCAGUGCUGAUGCUGUUGAACAGUUCCGAGCAUCUCUGAGUAAGCUGGGAGAUGUGUAUGUGAACGAUGCCUUUGGUACAGCUCACAGGGCACACAGUUCCAUGGUUGGUGUCCAACAUGGCCAACGUGCUGCUGGGUUCUUGCUGAAGAAAGAACUGACGUAUUUUGCCAAGGCCAUGGAGAGUCCAGAGAGACCAUAUCUGGCCAUAUUGGGAGGUGCCAAAGUGAAAGAUAAGAUCCAGCUGAUUGACAACUUGUUGGACAAAGUGAAUGAGAUGAUCAUAGGUGGUGGCAUGGCUUAUACUUUUCUCAAGGUUCUCAGUGGAAUGAAGAUCGGAAAUUCUCUAUAUGAUGAAGAGGGAGCUGGUAUUGUGAGCAACCUGAUGGCUAAGGCAGAGAAGAAUGGUGUAAAAAUGCACCUGCCAUCAGAUUUUGUUACUGCCGAUAAAUUUGCUGAAGAUGCUCAGGUUGGAUCAGCCACACUGUCAGAGGGGAUACCUGACGGCUGGAUGGGCCUUGACUGUGGUCCAAAGUCUUCUGAAGAAUUUAGUGCUGCAGUUUCAAGAGCAAAAACCAUUGUGUGGAAUGGGCCUGUGGGUGUCUUUGAGUUUGAGAACUUUGCCAAAGGAACAAAGGCUGUGAUGGACGCAGUGGUGAAUGCAACAGAGAAAGGAGCUUCCACUAUCAUUGGUGGAGGUGACACAGCCACUUGCUGUGCAAAAUGGGGCACUGAGAAGAAAGUAAGUCAUGUGAGUACAGGAGGAGGAGCAAGCUUGGAGCUCUUGGAAGGUAAAACUCUUCCUGGUGUUGCCGCUCUGUCUGACCUGGCAUGACACAGAAAAGACUGAAGUAGAAUACAAUUCUACCAAGUUUUCUGCAUUGUUUUUAUCCUCUCAGAGAAUAACAAGACUCUAACUUGAAGUAAACCAUUUUUUUUUUCUUGAGAAGUUGUUUUUUAAUUUUAAAAAAUGAGUAAUGCAAAUCCAACACAAAUAAUAUCUAAGCAUGAUACCAAACAGUGCUUCCUAGAUUUUGUUUUCAGUGUGUAUAGACACUGAUGUAUUUUUUCUGCCCUAAGCACUCCUUUUCAAGUUUUCUGUAUUGAAACACCUUGUUGGAGUCGGAAGGGAAACCAUAAAAACAAGGUGAAACUAGGCAUGCUUGAAAUAAUGUUAUUGAUCAAAGGAUUGAUGGAAGCCAAAGUUUGGUAGAGCUGAUAUGGUAGCUAGCCAAUAUUGCGUCACAAAAUGGGCAGCUUUUCUCAACAGUCCCUUGUCUUUUCAUAUUGUGCACAUUGUGAAGGUUAAAGCAUGAGAGUUUGACAUCUUUCAACAAAGAGUUAAGUCAGCACUCAAAGUUAUUUGUGCCAUAACUUCAUGCAUAUCUUUUAGAUUCUAGCGCCACUAACUACAGAAUUGAAGGUUAAUACCAGUUGGUAUUUAGACUGAUUAUUUGAACUAACCCAGUUGUCUUGGAUAAACCCAUCAUCAAAAAA